AUGGCUCCAAUGUACAUCCUUGCAAGAGAUAUCACUCCUAUGAAGACUGAAGCGACGAUAAAGUUGCGAUUGGUUCGCACCUAUGAUAUUUAUCAAAGUAGAGAUAGUGAUGUUAUAAAAUGCAGAGAAUGUGUGUUUCACGAUGAACAGGGUAUGCAACAACAUAAACUAGAUCAAUUUGCUAAAUGGCUUGCUUCAAUCGGUGAUGGUACGAUUGGCGAAGAUAAUGAUGGUUACGCUAAUGUUGAUAUUCCAUCUGAAUUGUUGUUGAAAUCAGCUGGUGAUCUUAUUGCCACUAUUGUUCAAAGUACGUUCCCGAACUUUAGUAGAGGUCAUAAUGAUGGGAGGUGUUUUCAAAGUAGUGCGAUUUUAGCACCAACACUAGAAGUGGUCAAUGAAGUUAAUCAAUACAUGUCAGACAUAACUUUUGGAGAAGGAAAAACAUACUAUAGUUGUGACACAGCAUGUAAAGCAGAUUCUUCCAGCUCAAUACUUGCAGAUGUCCACACCCCGGAAUUCUUAAAUAGCAUACGAGCAUCUGGCCUUCCAAACCACUCUUUAACCUUAAAGGUUGGGUCUCCUGUGAUGUUAAUGAGAAAUAUUGACCACACUCUUGGCCUUUGCAAUGGAACUCGGUUGGUUGUAACCAGAUUAGCAAACCAUGUUGUUGAAGCAAGCAUCUUAGCAGGACCAAAUGCUGCCACAAGGGUAUUAAUUGCUAGAAUGACCAUCACACCAUCAGAUCCCAGACUGCCGUUCAAGUUCAACAGGAGACAAUUCCCGCUAAUGUUGUCAUAUGCAAUGACCAUAAACAAGAGUCAAGGGCAAACAUUGUCUAAUGUAGGAUUGCUGUUAAAGAAACCAGUAUUUGUUCAUGGCCAAUUAUAUGUUGCUGCAUCAAGAAUAAGCAACCCAGACGGCCUCAAAAUUUUAAUUUGUGGUGAAGUACAAAAUAGUGGUACUUCUACCACUAAUGUAGUUUACAAGGAGGUUUUUAAUAAUUUAUAA